AUGUACCCUGUUGGAUUCUUAGAAAAAAAUGAAAAAAUACAAAAGAGCAACUUGAACAGAGACAAACCUUUUGGUCCCACUGUGUACACAGCCUUGGCAAAUUCCGCAUGCAGAAGGCAAAACAUUUAUCUCCGCCUAGCAAUAGUCAGCGUCAGACGUAACUUAAAACUACUAUGAUCAAAAUUAUCUCCUAAACAAAGAGGCAUUUUCUUAAAGCAAAGGAAUCCUUCAAAUCAAAGCAUCAACUUAAACUUUGCCCUCGAUUCAGUACCGCUUUAGUUCCACACUCUUGAAGUGAGCCGACACUUGUCACCAACUUUAGGCAUUAACUGAUGACGAUGAUGAUGGUGAUGAUGAUGACGAUGAUGAGGAUGAGGAUGAUGAUAAUAAUAGUAAAACAAUAAAAUAAUAAUCAUCAUCAUAUUAUCAUAAAUAAGAAAAUAACAACAUCAUCGAAUCAAAAACAAGUAUGACAAGUAGGUCGUGUAUAUGAAUAAACAUUGCCAAAAUGAAUUAUUUAACACUCAGAAGCCGCAUUUGCAAUGCAACAACGUAUCUUCAGCCUCAGGGAUUUUAUUAGGUGAGUCGCCCCACACAAGGAAUCCAUGAUAGUCUUAAAUUCUGGAUUCCACGGAUUCGAUUCCGGAUUCCGGUUACUGGAUUCCAGACUUUGUACGUGGAACUUGGAUUCUAGGUUCGAAUCGUAACUGGGAUUCCUGAUUCCUUAGGCGGUAUUUCGGGUUCCAUUAAGCCCUGGUUUUCGGAUUCUCCGGCAAAUUUUCCCCGAGUCCGAAUUCCACAAGCAAAAAUUUCCCGGAAUCCGGAAUCCGGAUUCCCUUAUAUGAGACGAAUGUGUUCUUCUUAUCUUUUAAAAGUCGGCGUAAUUAACUUUGAGAUUAAAACUUUUUUUUAUUCUUUCUUGAAAUAGCAUUUAAUAGUAACUAUAUCUGACGUCUGUAACAUAAGAAAUCUGGAACAAAUUCAGGUGGCGAUAUGUCAGCACGAAUGUUUUGUUUUAGUUUUUUAGGAGGAUUGAAAGGGCAGUGUCACCAAGAUUGUUUUCUCUAACAAAAAAAUUCAAUCAAUAAGUUUCAAAGUACAAUGAAAAUCUCGUGACAGUGGCCUGUUCGUCUUCGGUGAAGUACUGUCAACAAAAAAAUCGACCAGGGGCCCGUUUCUCGAAAGUCCCGAUAAUUAACGGGCCCGGUAAGCUGUCUCGGUUUCCAUUAAAGAUCGAGGUUUCAAUAGUUUUGCAUCUAACAUGAUAAAACUAUCAGUUAACGAAACAAAAUGCAGUAGUUUGCGAACCACGACCCGCGCUCUUAUUCUUUUUAUUUGGAUUUGAAUAUAUGAAUUCGGGCCCGAAAAGUUAACGGGACUUUCGAGAAACGGGCCCCAGAUGCCAUGAUUCUUUUGAAAAUUGCAAAAAUUGCGUCUAAUCACUAUAUAUUACAAUCAUGACCUCUAAGGGGAUAGCUACCUGAAAAGCGUUUCAUGAAGGCGGAGAGAAGACCAUGCUUACAAAAAUUGAUUUGUGUACACAUAUUAGAAACGUUUUAUGUAUACUGAUGUAUAUGCGGAUAUACGGCUCGGAUAUGUGGGAUAUCCAAAAGCCUUUUGAUUGAAACUAAAUUCAAGAAAAGACACUUUCUCGUAUCUUUAAGUUAAGCCACUUUAACACAUACAGCUGACAUAAUAUGUAGGCUACAUUCCUUGACAAAAUAGACGGAUAAUUAAGACCUGUGGCUUUCCUUCCCAAAAUGGAUGAAGAACGGAUGUUGCGUUUUGGCCUUCGUUCAGUGUCAUCCCUGGUAUAUGGGGGAAGGGAGGAGAUGGGGAAAUUUUCUUUUCACUUUUAAUCUGCGUGCAAGAUCGUUGGUGCAUAGUACAAGCUGGGGAUUACGCGAAAAAUGCGAGACAGCUUAAGGGUUGCUAAGACUCUGCAAAAGUAUGAGACCCAUAGUAAAUGGGUAUUUUAGAAUGUUAAUUGGCCCCUAUCUACGCUUUACCAAAUUCAUUUUGUAUUGAUAGAACGUUGAUGCUAAUAUUACGUCCCUGGAAACUGCGAAUUGACACUACAGGAGUCUUAUAGCCAGAAAAUAAUACGCUCUAAAUAAUUAAACACGCCUGUUGGAAUUUUGAUAAAAGAUUAGGGAAUCAAAAGGAUAGCGUCAAGCCAAGGUUUCUUGCACGUGAUAGAUAUCACCUGAUUUCAAUGACAGACAUUAAUUUGUUUCCGACAACUGAUAACUUAUAAAUAAAUUGUAAUUUUAUAUUUUUGAGCCAGCUAAAGGCAUAUAAUGGAGUUAUUAUUUUUAUUUUCAGUUUUUUGGCAAUUUAAGGCUCUCUCGUAUUACAGAAAGAUUAGAGCCAAAGUGUAAUUCAGAGUAAAGCAUAGAAUAUGUAAAUUUAACAUCCUCGAAAUAGAGUGUUUGAAGGUGGAUAUCCCCGAACAACUUCACUAACAGGUUUCUCAUAAACCUGCAGCUGGCAAGGCAGCCGUGCACAUACCAUAAAGUUAUCAUCUGUGUCGAAUCCUUCACAAUUAUAGUCGCAUUCAGUGACAUGCGAAAAGGGAAAAGACAAUAUUUCCUUUUAUUUCUUAACUUUUUGUUAGAAUCAUUGCUGCAGUUAGUUUAGGUUGGCUUUCAAAGAGGCAUGUACCUGUCUUUUACUGAAGUAUCAGUUUAAGUACUGGGCAGCUCAAGCCAUAAUGGAGUGGAAUCAAAAUGCGGAGGACGCUGAGGCGAAAGCGAGCAGUCUCAAAAAAUAAUAAUAAUAUGCUUAUAGGGUCAUUUGAAAGUACCAGCUUUCACCCAAGAGUGCUGAUUAGCGGCGUCUGAUGCACGUUGAUACAGGGAUAUUCAAUCCGUUUAGCUAGAUUAUCGAAAAAGUUUUGGAUAAUGAUCUUUUUUUUUUCCGUGUUCUAUAUCUGUAUGUGCAUUCCUGGUGUUAUUAAGGUUAUUUCCCAGAAAAACUUUGCAUGAGUAUAUUUGAAAUCUAAUAUAAACGUCGUGUUUUGUGUGAUCAAUACGACGAUUUUGAAUACGCUGCUUUAACGGUUCCAUUAUAUAAAGAUUGCUCUGUUCACCAUAUUGGAUUACAACAACUGUACUUAAUUGUAUUCUACCCCGAGUUGCUGCUUUAACUCUUGUAGCAAUGAGUGGUGCUAUUUACACCAUUCUUCCGACUGCAAAUUAUAUAAUAAUGUUACCAGCUGUUCGUUACUACAACCGUAAGGUGGAAGACGGUUUCAUCGCAGCAAUUGCAAGGAAUACUACGACGCGAGAAGAAAGUUACCAAGGACAUGUUUAUUAUUUCUGUUGUUCUUGCCAUCUGUGUGAUUCAAAAAAUUGUGGUUGUUUUCUUUUCUCAGUCGUUUGGCAACCUUUACCCUAGUUUUUUCCUAUGGUCCACAACUUUACUGCUAAUGAAUUCUAGUAUUACAGUCAAGCCAGGUCAUGCGUACCCCCCAAAAUUCCAUUAAUGAAUUUAUUAUUCGAAAAUUGUAUCCGUUGGUAGUUACAGAUUUCAGAUUCAUUUCUGCAUUCUUGCAUGUGUAAUGGCCGUGAAUUCACAUGCGAUUCAGUUACGAAAUUUCUACCAGCUCAGUUUCCCCGAAUUUGAUGUAAAUGUCUUCUAAGAUUUUUAAUCCAUUCACAGAUUUUCAAUCUGACCAAAUACAGAGAAGUUGUCGUAAAAUAUUCACUGCUCAUUACGCAUGCAGGAAUGCCGAUUUGAAUUUGACACCAGUUACGGCACCGACUAACGGAUACAUUUUUCAAAUAAUCAAUUCAUUAAUAGAGUCUUGGAAGGUACGCUUUACCUGCUUUAAUUGUAAUCCAGUUCUUGAUUAAUUGUGAACGCAAACAAACAGAAGAACAUUUCUAAUCGAGCACUUCUAAAGUUGCCUCUUACUUAAAAUGUUUAUUUACCCAUGUUAGUAAUCACAAAGUAAUGAAGAGGGUUUCGCUCAUGGACCUAGUUUAGUGGCCUGAGCUCCCACGGUCUCCACUUGUAGCAAGUCUAUAUUCCGAGCUGACAGUGUAACUAGCUGAAAAAAAAUCUUUCCCAAGGUAGAGGGUUUUCGGAGCGCCAAGUGAAGCCAGCAAAUGCACUGCCCUAAAAUCCUAUUUUUCUUCUCUAAAAAUCUACAAAUCCCAAUUCUCACUCUCUGCCCUUUCAUGUCCACCAAUGAAAAAAAUUGCACAGAGAAAGCCAAAGAAAACUAAACGCGUUUACCCCCUACGUGGUAUCGCCAUCUCAGGUUAUGCCACAGUCCACAACAAAUUACACCAGUGUUUUGGCAUAUUUCAUUGGAACGGAAUAGAAACUGAAAGCUUUCGGAAUCUUUGAAAUUCUAUAAGGUGGUAUAAAGGUCUGCAAAUACUUUUCAGCAAAAAGAUAAAUAUAUGUUCUUUCUUUCUUUUUCCCUCUCUUUCUCUCUCUCUUUCUUUCUCCCUUUGUUUAUUUGUUUGUUUGUUUGUUUUCAUCUAUUUAAUAGUAUAUUUUUUAAUAAUUAUCGUUCGUUUUUUUUAUUCAUCUCACCAAAUACUCGUCCACUCAAAUAGCGAUUCGCCCGGACAAUUAUAACUCUAAAUGUUAAUUUUAUGGCCCACGCAGAGAGGGUUGUGAGUGGAAAGUAAUUUUGGUGGCCGUACUGUUUUCUAGAGUGACCGGUCUUAAAGUUGGAGAGGGGGACCUCAAAAGAUCCCCCUUCGGUAGCAGGAACAAAAAAAAAGCCCGGUCUGAAUAGGGUUAAACAUUUCUAUUUGGGUAGUUAACAUUUCCUUAUAAACAUCAUCACCGUAAUAAAAAAAGAAGGAAAAAAAUUCCACAAUUUGUAGCUACCUGCAGUGCGAUUUGAAGGCCUUAACUGAAAGAAACACUAUCCUCUUGCAUAAGUAGCAAAGCUUGUCUGGUCAGAAUACAGCAGCUGCUAAAUAGAAUUGCCCAUUAAUUCCUUAUAACUUCAAGGCAAAUAUUAUCCGCGUGCAUAAUACUCUUCAUGAUAUGUGCAGGGCUCUCCGGUGUCAAUCUCAUUUCUCCUCGACGCGCGUAUUUUCUUUGGCAACAUAUUUGUUUCGUAAGGACAGUAUUUUUUACUUUAACUGCAUAACACCACCUCAAUUCUUAGGCCGGUAAUUCUCUUGUAAUACCAGCGACUUGUUUACCACUUACAACUCAUACCUUGUUCGCUGUAAGGUUUGCGUUUAGUGAUCUGUGACAAAAAAGAGCCGAUGCCUUAAAAUCACCCUAAUAGAAAUGAAAUGUUAAAUUAAGAGUAAUAAUUAUAAUUAUUAUUCAUUGUACUCACUAUCUGUCUUCUCCUUGGCUAAGAGCCUGCAGCUAAUUUUGGAAAUCAGCACAACCUCCAUAUUAGUUAGUUAUCUGCUAGCAGAUAACUGACAAAUUUGUAGGUUGCGUGCACAAUGCAUGAUUUCAAUAACAAUUAUUCAGCGGGUUCCUUGCGACAGUGCCUUUGUCGUUAUUUUCUUCAAAACAAUAUAUAAUAAAACAAUUAUUAGAUUCAGGGUCUGGGUAGUGUGUUAUCAGCCUCGGCCUUCGGCUCGGCUGAUAACACUAGUUACCUCGACCUUGAUUAUUCUGGAUAUCACAAAACCCUCAUCCAAUAAUUGUUUAUUAUAAUUUCAAAUUCGGUUACCAAGAUAACGUUAGUAAUAACAUACACGAUGAGUUUAAAAUGUUCCCAGAUAAAAUUUAGGAAACUUCGUUGAGUUUCUAGGUCACAGCUUAAACGGUUUUGAAUUUAUUCAAAACUGAUUUAGUGAGAGAAGCCCUCUGGGUUAAAGUGAUGCUGAAGGAUGAUGUUUUUUUCGUGCGUUUCAACGAGAUCAUACCUAAAAAUCCAGAAUGGGAAAUGAAAAACAUCACAGUAUGUAUAUCAUAGAAAGACAAAAUACCAAUUUUGAAACAAAAAAAUCAUGGCUUCCGAAACUCAGUUGCCAUGGUAACGUCAGUAUUGACGUUGAAUUCAGUUGUUCCCAUAAAAAUCAUUUUUAGGAAGGGUCACCGAGAACGGUUUUGAAGUCAGUAUUCAUUUCUUGGUUGUUGUUUGUUUUGGGGAAGCGAGGCCAUUUUUUACUCGAAAUAUUCAAAAGAAUAAAAAAAGGAGGUUAAAAAAGUUAAUAAAAUUUGAAGAAUCCAAAAACGUUGAAACUCAUGACAUUCAAAAUAAUAAAAAAACGGAGGUUUUGACCAAAAAGUUAAUAAACUUCGGAGAAUCCGAAAACGUUUAAAGUUCGAUCAAAGUAAUGCAUUAAGCUGACACUAUUGAAAACGGAGACGUUUGAUGUAAACUAAUCAGUAAGUAAAAGCUAAAAACGAAGUUGAGGGCGAAACAAAACAGGAAUUAGAAUCGGGAAACCAAGACAGCUGUUUCUAGUAGAAAGCAAUAUUUCGUCCAGUAUAGAAUCAAAACUAUACGCGACCUAAGUGUUAGCUUCUAAAUAAAACUGUCACAACAACAACAACAAAAAAAACUCGGACAACAGCAUUUCACCAUUUAUAUGUCCCCUGAGUUCCGUUUGGAAAAUGAAACAAAUAUCCUUCAAACUUCUUUUUACUGGGCCGAAAAUAUCUUAGUUUACAGGUUAAGCUUUUCUUCAAACCUGCAUCUGCUUGGUGGAUUACUUACGUGUAAUUUCAUGUAUUUUUUCACAUUUAUUUUUUGUGCCCAUUAAAUUAAGUAUUCUUAAAAAUCUGAAAUCUAUUUUUCGACUCAAAUUUUUGCAAUAGUAUUUAUCGAAAGAAGAUACAUCAAUUGAUAUAUUUUUUCGUGCAAUAAAUAGUAUCAAAAUAUAGCUAGCAAAUGGACCAAUUAGACGUAUUAGCUAGCCAAAAUUAAUGUAUUUCAAACAAUCAUUGCCAUAAGUAAAGCUGAAGCCGACGUUUUAAAAUAAUUAGCCUUAUCGUUGAUGACUCAGCAAGAUCACUUAAACAAUCAACUUAUCUACAUAUAUCAUUCUUUUAAGUAAAAUAUAUUCAUUAACUCUACUUUGAAAUCCCGGCACUGCAAGCCUGACUUACUAAGAGAGAGCACGAAAAUAAUUUGAAAAAAGUGAUGAUGAUAUUAAAGGCUGAUUAAGGUAAAGCGUGAACAAGCGGAUCUCCCAUAAGGUGAGGAAAACUAGUAUUUUAAUAGCAAUGUNAAGCGUGAACAAGCGGAUCUCCCAUAAGGUGAGGAAAACUAGUAUUUUAAUAGCAAUGUACUACACUUCGCAAAAGCCAAAAAAGAAAGACAAACUUUUUGUGUAUUUUGUAUAUUUGUUUGUUUAGAAGCGAGUUAACUGCUGUUUUAAACUUGCAGUGAAAAUGAUCACUUUAGUAAGCAGAAGAGUUUAUUGGUGAGAUUACUUGACUUAAGUUCUUUGCCAUUGCGUCCGCAUUACGGAUGAUCGAUUACGAAUAUUAAAAAGCCCUUUUUAACGGCAUCGUUGUCGUAUUUACAGUGAUUUGGAGAAAGUAACUAGCUGUAAUAUUGACACAGUUUCUGGUGCGAUGGUGUGUGGACAUAAUGAAAAACUCGAACCCGUAAUGAUAGAAACACCUACACUAUGUGGGAGGAGUUCGGUUGUUGGUUCUCUCCUUUCCUCCGAGAGUAUUUUCCCUGUGUACUCCGGUUUUCCUCUCUCCUCAAAAACCAACACUUUCAAAUUUCACUUUGACCAGGAAUGGUGGACGAUGAAUCAGGUCAGUGUGAAUCUGUUUGUUAUUUAGUUUAUUUUUUAUGAUUAUAUCUUUAACUUGCAAAAGACUCUGGGAGACACGUCUGGUUUAAUAUAAGAAGAUUUAAGCAGUACAGGUUGAGGAACUAUCACUAGGGUGCUUUUAAAAUCGUAUUGGGAUGAUCCAUUCUUUCAUAGCUAGAUAGUCAUAUGUGGCAUAUUGAAAGUGUUAAAUUCCGCUGACAGCUUAUUACUUUGACACAUUAUUAGGCUUGGUUCUUGGAUGGCUACAAUGGUGAUUGGCACUGAUGUAUGCGAUCUUCCGGACUGGGUCCCUGUUCCAACUAACGACUCUACCAUCUCGAUAAUUAACCUUGUAGUUGCUGGCUCAAACCUGCCGUUUGGUAUCCUGCGUUUCUUAGCAACCUUGCCAUCAUUGUUGUUGCCCUAAAAACACCCUCCCUUCAAAGGCCUUCCAACAUUCUCUUAUACAGCCUCGCCACAUCAGACUGCCUAGUUGGGUUGGUGGUUCAACCGUUAUUUUUUACAUGAUGGAUGCUUAUGCAAAGAGCUCAAGGUUAUUCGUGCUUUUAUCUGGAACCACUUACUAUAGUUUCUUGGCUAUCCAGGGUGCUUCCUACUAUAUUAUCGCUUUUCCACAUGGCAGUAAUCAGCCUGGAUCGUUGUUAUGCCUUGUGCCGCCCUUUAUUCUAUCGGGCAAACGUCACCAAACAAGGUAAUGCGUCAUUUUGCUUGUGAUUAGUUCGCAGUGUACUUUCGGUGGAUUUAGUCCAUGAAGUAAGUAACAUUACGUCGUCGUUGUCAUUCUGUGGAGCAGCUGUUUUGAAACUAUUAACGGAAAACAGAAAUUUUCAUUUCUUCGUCUAGUUUUACUCUCUUAAACAAGCAUCAAAAACUCACAGACCACGAAAGAGAAAUUCUCGUGUUUGACCGACAUUAUGGACCGAAAGUCGAUAAGCGCGGACAUAGGUUGCUGUAAGUUAUAAAACUCGGUCGCCAUGGUAACGUCAAUGUUGACGUACACGUUACGACUACUUUAAAAUGUUCCCAGAUAACGUUUAUGAAAAGUAGCUAAGUUUGGUGGUCAUAGCUUCAACGGCUUUGAAGUUAUUCAAUUUUUUUUUUGCCAGGGGGGCUCCAAAAGCCCUCCCUCUCCCAUCCGGUCUGAAUAGAGUUAAGUAAAGGUUCAGGAACCAGAAAGAAAUAAGGAGAGUUUAGAGGUUGGUGAUGCCUACCUCAAGAUUGCUACACGGGACAAAACGGUUAUUAAAACAGAGUUCGUGUCUUUUUUAUUUACACGCGGUUGCGCAUUGGUUGGUUGAGACUAACACGGCUCACGACGAAGAGAGGAAACUCCCGUUCUUCUGUUUUCACAUCAUCCCAACCACCAUUUCCUACCUUGUUAACAGAGACAUUUUAAAGAUGGGCAACUGGGGAAAAGUCAGUUAAAAUAGGGGCCAUGGACGUGAAAAGGAGUAAGAAUCCCGAAAUGAUAAGCAAAAUCAUCAGGAAUAAUUAUAAUAAUUCAACCAAAAAUGUAUAUAAAAUAAGAUUUUAAAAAACUGGGACAUGCAAAUUCCUUCUUAAUUAUAAAGCUCAUUGUCACAGCAUUCGCCAUAUGUUAAUCAAGAUAUGUUUAACGGUGUAACAAGCGGGUUACGAUGCUUCUACCAUGAUAGCUUAUUAUCUCGUCCAUAGGCAUUACAUGGUUUGAUUUCUAGGUUCUUUUUAAUAUCCUGUUUUUCAAUUCUCUAUUUAUACUCAAGUGUUAUUCCAGCCUCCUUCGUAGGCUAGUUCCGUCAGAGCGGAGAAGGAGAAACGUCCUGAGCGAAUCUCCCCACAAGUUUUUUAACUGAGGAAAGAAGCUUAGACGAAUUUUUUUAAAAAUCUAUUUACAUUUUUUCGCAGGUGCUGCAAAGAUUGUUCUGUUCACCACAUUAGCCUGCAUCACAAUACAAGUACUCGUUAGUAUUCUACCCCUAAUUCCUGCCACAAUUCUUCUAGCAAUAACCGGUGCUACUGUUACCAUUUUUCCAAUUGCCAAUUAUAUAAUAAUGUUCAUAGCUGCCCGUUACCACAAUCGGAAGGUACAAGACAAGGUUUCAUCCCAGCAAUUGCAAGGAAUUCUACGACGCGAGAAAAAAAUCGCCAUAAACAUGUUAAUUGUUUCUGUUGUUCUUGGCAUCUGUGUGAUUCCAAAAUAUGUGGUUCGGUUCUUUUCUCAAUCAUUUGCUAGCCUUUACCCUAGUUUAUUCGUAUCGUCCACAACUUUAUUGAUGUUGAACUCAAGUAUUAACCCAGUUCUUUAUAUAUGGCGGGACCCAGGGCUUAGAGCUGCUCUGAAGUCUACAGUAAACAUCUGAGAAGAUGGGUAACCAAACAGUGACAACAGAGCAGUUAAUUUCGAGGACUUUUAAGCCCCUGAAAAUCAAAAAAAAAAAAAUUCCGAAAAUAAUUCGAAGCGUCUUUAGGGCAAGGGUUUAUUCAUCACCUCGCCUGCAAAAUCUAAGUUUUCUUGUCAAAAAUCGGCAAAUCCCAUAUAUCACUCUUUAACCUUUCAGGACCAGCAAUGAAAAAGUCUGCAGAAAGGACACUAAAGAGACUUAACGCGUUCACCCGAAGACCUCUUUUUGCGAUCUCAGAUAACGCCACAGUCUAA